GUAAAAGCCCAGCACAACCCGUUUUCUCAAACUGAGCAAGCUAGAAUUCCGACGACUGUCCCACCUCCCAAUUUUCUUUGCUCCCCAAUUUGGUUCAAUCUUUUUCAGGUGCUUGACAAUGGCCGACGAAGUGGUUCUUCUGGAUUACUGGGCCAGCGUGUUUGGGAUGAGGGUCAGGAUCGCCCUCGCUGAGAAGGGGAUCAAGUACGAGUACAAGGAGCAGGGCCUGAGGUACAAGAGCGACCUGCUUCUCAAGAUGAACCCGGUUCACAAGAAGGUCCCGGUUCUCAUCCACAACGGGAAACCGGUCUGUGAGUCCCUCAUCAUCGUUCAGUACAUAGACGAGGUCUGGAACGACAAGUCUCCGUUGCUUCCCUCUGAUCCUUACCAGAGAGCUCACGCCAGGUUCUGGGCUGAUUUUAUUGAUCAGAAGAUACAGGGUGUUGGAAGGAAGGUAUUGGCCACAAAAGGAGAAGAGCUGGAGGCAGCAAAGAAUGAUUUCUUGGAAAUAUUCAAGACAUUGGAGGGAGAGCUUGGGGAUAAGCCUUACUUUGGGGGUGAGACAUUUGGGUUUGUCGACAUUGCUCUCGUCACUUUCUACAGCCGGUUCUAUGUGUAUGAGACUUUUGGUAGAUUGAGCAUGGAGGUGGAGUGCCCCAAGAUUGUUGCAUGGGCUAAGAGAUGCAUGCAGAGGGAGAGUGUCGCCAAGUCUCUUCCUGACCAGAAGAAAGUUUGUGAGUUUGUCGUGCAGUUGCUUGGAUUAGGGUAAGCUCAGCCGGCCAGAAAUAGAAGUGCAUGUUUUUUUCGUUGUGUCCACUAAAUGUUUUAUGAAAUGGUACCAUAGGAAUAAGGACAUGAUUAUGUUGUGUCUGCUAAAUGUUUGAUGAAAUUGAAAUUGUCUUUCUACAUACGAGAGGAAUGAUAUAUCUUUUUUUCUUUCUUAA